GCAGCAGCGGCGGCGGCGGCGUUUGAGUGGAGGAAGAUGGCGGCUCCGGGCGGCUCUGGGUCCCGCCAGCUGUAAGGAGCCCCAGUGCGGCAAGCGCCGGAGCGCCUCUGCUCUGGCCCUGUCCCUGGCUCCCUCAUCGCCGUCGCCAGCGGAGCGAACCCGAGAGCGUGGCGCGGGCUGGGCCAGGUGUUUGAGUGGAAUGUCAUGGCCAGCUCCUCGGACAGUGAAGAUGACAGUUUCAUGGCUGUGGACCAAGAAGAAGCUCUGCUGGAAGGGACAAUGGAGCAGGAGGAGGAGCCCCGCCCGGCGCUGGAGGCUGAGGAGACGAGACCUAACAGGUCCAUGUCUGAGCUGCCAGAGGAGGUUUUGGAGUAUAUCCUAUCCUUCCUCUCGCCGUACCAGGAGCACAAAACCGCGGCCCUUGUCUGCAAACAGUGGUACCGACUCAUCAAAGGUGUAGCCCACCAGUGUUAUCAUGGUUUCAUAAAGGCUGUCCAGGAAGGACACAUUCAGUGGGAGAGUCGGACGUACCCUUACCCUGGAACCCCGAUCACUCAGCGGUUCUCACACAGUGCAUGCUAUUACGAUGCUAAUCAGUCUAUGUAUGUGUUUGGAGGCUGUACCCAGAGCAGCUGCAAUGCUGCCUUCAAUGACCUCUGGAGACUUGACCUGAAUAGCAAGGAGUGGAUCCGACCUUUGGCUUCAGGGUCCUAUCCUUCCCCUAAAGCUGGAGCAACUCUGGUCGUGUACAAGGACCUACUGGUGCUGUUUGGUGGCUGGACGCGGCCAAGCCCGUAUCCCCUACACCAACCAGAGAGAUUCUUUGAUGAAAUACACACUUACUCACCUUCUAAAAACUGGUGGAACUGCAUUGUGACAACCCAUGGGCCACCUCCAAUGGCUGGCCAUUCCUCCUGUGUGAUAGAUGAUAAAAUGAUUGUCUUCGGUGGCUCCUUAGGAUCCCGGCAAAUGAGCAACGAUGUCUGGGUCCUUGACCUCGAGCAGUGGGCGUGGUCCAAGCCGAACAUCUCCGGCCCCAGUCCUCAUCCUCGAGGUGGCCAAUCUCAGAUUGUCAUAGAUGAUGCAACUAUCUUAAUCCUUGGAGGGUGUGGCGGUCCCAAUGCUCUCUUCAAGGAUGCUUGGUUGUUGCACAUGCACUCGGGCCCCUGGGCCUGGCAGCCGCUCAAGGUAGAAAAUGAAGACCAUGGGGCCCCAGAACUGUGGUGCCACCCAGCUUGUCGGGUGGGGCAGUGUGUGGUGGUCUUCAGCCAGGCUCCUAGUGGGAGAGCCCCACUCAGCCCCAGUUUGAACUCCCGCCCAUCGCCUAUCAGUGCCACUCCUCCAGCCCUGGUUCCUGAAACCCGAGAGUACCGCUCUCAUUCUCCAGUAAGGAGUAUGGAUGAAGCCCCUUGUGUUAACGGCCGCUGGGGAACACUGAGACCCAGAGCUCAAAGGCAGACCCCCUCAAGUUCCCGGGAAGGGAGCCUUUCCCCAGCCAGAGGAGAUGGCUCUCCCAUCCUCAAUGGUGGGAAUUUGUCUCCAGGAACAGCAGCUAUAGGUGGCUCUUCGUUGGACAGCCCUGUGCAGGCUGUAUCUCCUAGCACUCCAUCUACCACUGAAGGAUAUGACCUCAAAAUGGGACUUUCUCUGGCCCCCCGACGAGGGUCACUACCGGAUCAGAAAGAUCUGAGGUUAGGAUCCAUAGAUCUGAAUUGGGAUCUGAAACCCGCACCGAGUAGCAAUCAUAUGGAUGGUGUGGACAACAGGACAGUUGGGGGAAGCAUGAGACAUCCUCCUGAACAGACAAAUGGUGUGCACACCCCGCCACAUGUGGCCAGUGCCCUUGCAGGAGCUGUCUCCCCAGGUGCCCUGCGUCGGAGCCUAGAAGCCAUCAAAGCAAUGUCAUCCAAAGGCCCUUCAGCCUCUGCAGCACUAAGUCCUCCUCUGGGGUCUUCUCCAGGCUCUCCUGGGAGCCAGAACCUGAGCAGUGGAGAAACAGUGCCCGUUCCCCGCCCAGGGCCUGCCCAAGGAGAUGGACAUUCCUUACCUCCCAUUGCUCGCCGCCUGGGCCACCACCCUCCUCAGUCCCUAAAUGUUGGCAAACCUUUGUACCAGAGUAUGAACUGCAAGCCCAUGCAGAUGUACGUGCUAGACAUUAAAGACACCAAGGAGAAGGGGCGGGUCAAAUGGAAAGUAUUUAACAGCAGUUCUGUGGUCGGACCUCCUGAAACCAGCCUGCAUACAGUGGUCCAAGGCAGGGGUGAACUCAUCAUAUUUGGAGGACUCAUGGACAAGAAACAGAAUGUGAAGUACUAUCCAAAAACAAACGCCUUGUACUUUGUGCGAGCAAAGAGAUAAUGUGUUCUAAACCCCUUUCCCUUUCUGUGGCUUUUAAUUUUCCAGCGUGCAAGCAUUUGGACUGAGAAUUGGGAAAACAAAGGACAGAUACUCCCAUAAACCAAAACCCCAGUUCCCAACCUCACUCACUCCAGGCUGGGAUCAAAUCUCCAUUAAGAAAAAAAUUAUAUAUAAAUCUAUAAAUAUAUAUUCUAUAGCCAACUCUGUUUACAGAGAGGGAGACGUCUCCGUCCUGGUUCAGAUAAAUUUGUUGCUGUGUUUUAGCAGAGGCUGUGCUGCCUUUUUCUACUUUGCUGGUAACUAGACCCAGAAUUUAGGGAACAGACUAAUGUCAGAAUUUACCUAAAGCAACUGAAGAGCCCCCGUAAAUCUUUAUGUGGCCUUCUUGGAGUUAGAGAAAGAGCGUGUGUAAGGUGUGCACGUGGAGCCUCCCGAUCCUCGGGCUCCAGGAGCUGGCAGGGUGAAAGGAGCCUGUAGAGAACUCUUCCUCUCUUCCUUUUAAAACCACACGGGACCUGUGCAGACUUCUCUUUGAGGUCAUGCCCUCUGCCCUUGGGACUGAGGAAAGUUACCCAGCCAGGAAUUCUGUUCCACGUGUGUGUGCCAGGAUCACCAUGAGGCAGUGUUUAUACAGGGACGCCUGUCCACCUAGUGUCCACUGGUCUUUAGCGUGCUCCCUCCGUGUCUCAGAAAACAUAUUGGUGUCUGAUUUUGGAA